GAAGGAAAGACAGAGCCUGGGGAGAGUCUGUUUAACUCAUAGAGCUGUGGGCUUUCAGAGGAUGGGAAGGACAAGUUGGUGAGAAGAGGAAAAGGAAAACAGACGGGCAAUCAUGACAUGGAAGAGCCCCGUGGCCCUGGUGAGGGAAGCUCUGCAAGGUCAAAGGGCACGGGAGAAGGACCUCCGCAGUUUGAUGUCUAAUCUACCUUAUGAGGGACUCGAGAAGGGAAAGCAACCUAACCACUACUUCCCAUCAAAUGCCAUCAAAACCACAAAAUACAGCCUCCUCUUAUUCAUCCCCAUGAACCUUUAUGAGCAGUUUCACCGUCUGGCUAACAUCUACUUUGUGGGCCUGGCUAUUCUGAACUUUAUCCCUGUGGUGAAUGCCUUCCAGCCAGAGGUAGCCCUGAUCCCAAUCUGUAUCAUCUUGUCUCUGACCGCUCUGAAGGACGCCUGGGAAGACUUCAGGAGGUACCAGUCGGACAAGAAGCUUAACAACACACCGUGUUUCAUCUACAGCAGGAAAGAGAAGCAGUUUGUGGAGAGACGCUGGAAGGAUGUGCGAGUGGGAGAUUUUGUGAAGGUGGUUUGCAAUGAGACCAUCCCUGCAGACCUCCUCCUACUUUACACAUCAGACCCCAAUGGUGUGUGUCUCAUAGAGACAGCCAACCUGGAUGGAGAGACCAACCUGAAGCAAAGGACGGCUGUAUCUGGAGUCUGCAACUCGAAUCCAGAAUUUGAGCCUGAAAGCUUCAACGGCAUCGUGGUGUGUGAAAAGCCCAACAACAACCUGAAUCAUUUCAAGUGUUACAUAGAGAAACCUGAUAACCAGAAAGUGGGAGCUGGAAUUGAAAGUCUGCUGCUGCGAGGCUGCACAGUGAGAAACACAGACCAUGCUGUUGGCUUUGUGGUAUAUGCAGGCCAUGAAACCAAGUCCAUGCUCAACAACAGCGGGCCAAGAUACAAGCGCAGCAAACUCGAGCGGAGGCUGAACAUAGACGUCUUCUUCUGCUUCAUUCUCCUCUUUGCUAUGUGUCUCAUCGGAGCACUAGGUCACUUCAUAUGGCUUUAUGAUUUGCCUAGCGUGCCCCCUUACCUGGUACCCCCUGCCAACGGUCACCUGGACAGUCCCAAUCUUUCUAGUUUCUACAUGUUCUUCACCAUGAUCAUCCUGCUGCAGAUCCUGAUUCCUAUCUCUCUGUACGUUUCCAUUGAGCUGGUCAAAAUUAGCCAGAUUUUCUUGAUCACUAAUGACAUUGAUCUGUACGAUGAAGAGACCGACAGUCGCAUACAGUGCAAGGCUCUGAACAUCACAGAGGACCUGGGGCAGAUUGAAUACAUCUUCUCAGACAAAACGGGCACCCUCACUGAGAACAAGAUGGUGUUUCGGAGAUGCUCCAUCAUGGGCACUGAGUAUCCACACAAAGAGAACGCCAUCCGCCUGGCUGUCCUGAAUGAGCCAGAGUCAGAAGAGGAGGUCAUCUACAACCAGGAUCUACAACAUCUACCGACUGGUUGGUCCUUGGAAAGUGAGGAAGCCAACUCCGAAGACACGCAUCGCCACGGCAGCCGACGCAAAAGCAAAGUCUUGGGAACUACCCAGAGUGACGUGGCCUUCAGCAGCCCACUGGAAACUGAGGUGAUUCCAGACAGGAAGCUGCUUCAGCAGAUUAGCAGGACGGGGAGCAGCAGCCGCUGCCAGAAGAUAGAUCCUUACCUGGAAUUUUUUCUGGCUCUCACUAUUUGCAACACAGUGGUGGUUUCCAUGGCAACAACUCAGAGGCGGAGGGUGAGUGUCUCUCCAAAAGCCGGCCAGACAAAUAAUCCGCUGGAAACUUUGUCCAGCUUGGUGAAAAAUACCGGGAACAUCUUUAAAUGCUGCAAGCGCAAACCCAAGAGAAACCGUACCUUCACAAUGGACUCAGACGACCAAUUUCAACCCUCUGUAAAAAUGGAGGAGCCUGGUACCAGUGGGCUUCAGCCAUGCUCACUCCAUGCUGCAUCCCUGCAUGACAAGCAUCCACUGACCUCAGACAAUCUGAGAUAUGAGGCAGAGAGUCCAGAUGAGGCCGCCUUGGUCUAUGCAUCCAAGGCAUAUGGCUUCACUCUACUGGCCCGCACCCCUGACAGCGUGACAGUGAGGCUACCUUCUGGUGAGGUGCUGGUUUUUGAGGUGCUGGACACCUUGACUUUUGACUCCAACAGGAAGAGAAUGUCUGUUUUGGUACGACACCCAAUCACCAAAGAGUAUGUGUUGUAUACUAAAGGCGCAGACUAUGCCAUUAUGGAGUUACUUGGUACACCCUAUGCAGAGCACUUCAGUGGCAAUGAGAAAAAUAUAGCAGCUGUUACUCAGCGUCAUCUCGACUGCUAUGCUAAGGAGGGGCUCCGCACACUGUGCAUCGCAAAGAAGGUUGUGAGUGAAGCCGUGUAUAAACACUGGUUAGUGGAGAGACAACGCGCUUUGACUGCUAUUGACAACAGAGAGGUGCUCAUCAUGGACACUGCUGUGCAGCUAGAGACAAAUCUCACCCUGCUAGGAGCUACAGGCAUUGAAGACCGUCUGCAGGAGAACGUCCCAGACACCAUCAUGGCACUGCGACAGGCUGGGAUCAAGGUGUGGGUGCUGACAGGUGACAAGCCGGAGACAGCUGUCAACAUUGGCUAUGCUUGCAGGCUCCUAGAAGAUGAAGACCUGGUGAUAAACAUGAGCUGCAAAGACAAGAUCACAUGUAGGGCCAUCCUGGACUGCACUCUGGAAGAAGUGAGGAGGUACAACUCUGACCCUCGUAAUGUGGAUACCACCCUGAACAUCUCUCUGGUGAUUGACGGACGCACCCUGACCAUGGCUUUGUCUCCGGACCUGCGUGGCAACUUUGUGGACCUGGCGAAGCACUGCCGCUCCGUGCUCUGCUGUAGAGUCACGCCGUUACAGAAGAGCAGAGUGGUGAAAGUGAUCAGGGAGAAUCUCAAGGUCAUGACACUCGCUGUUGGUGAUGGUGCAAAUGAUGUCAAUAUGAUCCAAGCAGCUGACAUUGGCAUUGGGAUAUCCGGGCAGGAGGGGAUGCAGGCAGUCAUGGCCAGUGAUUUUGCCAUAUCUCGCUUCAAACACCUGAAAAAACUUCUCCUGGUCCACGGACACUGGUGCUACACUCGACUGGCCAACAUGAUCAUUUAUUUCUUCUAUAAGAACGUGGCCUACGUAAACCUGCUGUUCUGGUAUCAGUUCUUCUGUGGAUUCUCUGGCAGUACCAUGAUCGACUACUGGCUGCUGAUUUUCUUCAACCUUUUCUUCACCUCUCUGCCACCCAUAAUGUUUGGAAUCAUGGACAGAGACAUCUCAGCAGAGAUGCUGCUGGGUGUGCCUGAGCUGUACAAGACUGGGCAGGGCGAAGGGGAUUACAGGUUUACAACUUUCUGGGUUUCCAUCCUCGAUGCCUUCUAUCAGAGUCUGGUGUGCUUCUUUAUUCCAUAUUUUGUCUACCAGGAUUCAGACAUUGAUAUGUUCACUUUUGGAACUCCUUUAAACACAACUGCUUUAUUCACCAUCCUGCUGCAUCUGUCAAUAGAGAUCAAAUCCUGGACGGUGGUCCACUGGGUAGUCAUGCUGGGCAGUGUGUUAUUCUACUUCAUCGUGACACUCGCUUACAGCGCAACCUGUGUUACCUGCAACCCUCCCUCCAAUCCAUACUGGGUCCUCCAGAACCAGAUGGCGGACCCCAUGUUCUACCUUAUCUGCAUCCUCUCCACUGUGGUGGCUCUCCUGCCCAGGUACACUUUUCACGUGCUGCAGAACUCUAUCGCCCUCUCCCCGCUCAUAGAGGCUAAGCAUCUGGACCGACUGGACCCCUCCAUGAGAGAAGAGUGGAUGAAGGAGUGGAGGAGCUACAGGGGCGGAGGGCAGGUCCAACGCUCUACACUGUCUACCCCACCCUCUCCCACCCUGGAGAACCCUGUGGACAUUUUCUCUGAGUCUCUCGCUGUCUCUGAUAUCAUGGGGGAUGAUUUCACACUGAAUGUCAUGACUAAAAACUAUCAAAGGCCUGCAGACACACAGGCAACAUGAAGGGAAAAGGAACGCUAUGAUGAUAAUUUAUUCAGAAAAUUGCACAUACAUGAACUUGCUCAUGAGUGGAUAUAUCCCUGAAUACAUUAAUGUUUCAUUUUUGAAAUGCAAUCAGGGAGAUACUCUUGCUCUCUAACUGGAGUUUAUUUCGCAAUAAACUACGUGACAGAAGCAUGUGGGCCCUCUUUUCCUUCCUCUCCUCCUAACAAAGUAACACAUAAGCCUGUUAGUUUCCUGAUGGGUUUUC